UGCACGAAAGAUACACAACAACAUUAAAUAUAUUAUGCGGAACUCUUCAUCCUAUAGCAUCCUCCUCUGCUGGUAAUUGCACAUCCAAAUUAUCUAACCCAAAGCAAAAGAAAGCUUCCGUGCCCUGAUCUCAUUCAUCAGAUGUCAAUCAUCCGUUUCACGGGGACAAGGCCGUUGCAGGGCGUCGUCGAAAUGACAUUCAAAUAGUACAGAUCUGUGCUUGCUUUCAUCUCUCAUGGCGCUUCCCUCAAGCUUUCGUGAUAUUCCUAUUGGUUCUCCUGUGUACAAUCUCUUAUGCAAGCAUGAUACCGGACAUGGUUCAUUCAUAACACAUUUAGACAGAAUGCCUAUACCGAUGAAAGCUGGUAUAUUUCUAAUCCCGUUCACGUUCAACGCUAUCAUGGCCAUCCUUAUCGCUUGGAGAGCGAGAUCAGCUUCAACCCACUAUGAUAUCCUCGCCAUUCUUUUUGCUGGAGAGCUGAUGCCUAAAUAUAAACCCGGGCCGCCCUCUUCUUGGUUCUGGUUCUGCAUGAACAUCAUCAUAGACUAUUGCGUCUACCAAUUCAUGCUUCCCGUCGUCAAGAACCGUGCGUCAUUAAAUAAGCUGCCGCCGGAUGAGUUUCAGCUCGCGUAUACGCAAUCCAUAUUUCAAGCUAUCAAUCCCAAUUUCCUUCAAACAAAUGUGGGUUACAAUACGCGUAUCGGAUUCUGGUCGGUUGAGUACGAAGCGCCAAUGUCGGCCUAUCAGCUUGUUGAGGAUGGCGUAGUUGAUCUUGACUACUGGGAUGUAAGCGUCUAUCAAAGGGAUAGCACAGGAUGGAAGGUCUGGGAGGUCGUCAAGUCUAAUGGUGCAGAUGGUAGUGGCUGGAACAGGACGAUGCAGAUAUUCAUGGGAAAGUUGGAAGCCAUGGACAAGAGCGACCUAGCGGAAAAGUUCAAGGCCAUGCUUCAGACAUAUACUAAUUUGCCGGAUCGCAUCUUGACUCCUGAAGGGAUCAGGCCUGUUGAAGAGCUAUUCAAAAAUGAAAACCUGGAUUUCGUGGUGCUGUGGAAUGAAGGCCUGCGCGAGGCUUCGUCAGUGGCUGAUGCUUAG